AGUAACUUUAACAGUAUAGUAACUGAGAUAGUAAAGUAACUUUAACAGUAUAGUAACUAAUAGUAAAAUAACUUUAACAGUAUAGUAACUGAGGAGUAACUUUCCAGAAUGAAGAUCCUCCAUGUUGUCUCCUGCUGUCUCCUCUCAGCUCUGUGUGUUGUGGAGUCUGCUGGCAUGAAUGUGAAGGAAGUUGUAGGAGGACAUGUCACUGUGGGCUGCUCGUUCACUUUGGCACGGAACAACAACAAAUACUUCUGCAAGGGGACAUGUUCUGGUAGAGACAUUCUGGUUGGAACUAAGGGGAGCAAGACUGCAACUCAAGGUAGAUACAGUAUAGAAGACAACAGUGAUGGAGUCUAUGUGACCAUCAAGAACCUGAUGAAGUCAGACUCAGGGACCUACUGGUGUGGAGUGGAGAGAUAUGGCCCAGACACAUACCAAGAGGUGCAUCUCACAGUUACAGAUGCUUCUCCUGAAACCUCAACACUCACCUCCAGACCCCAUGUCCCCACAACCUUACCAAACCUCUCUACAACAUCCUCUAACCUCUCCACAACCCUCUCUUCUACAUUUAAGGCAUCUGGAGACAUCAGUGUUGGUCCUUCACAGAGAACAGUUACCCCAGUGGUCAUCAUGGUGUGUGUGAGUCUGACUGUGUUGGUGGUGGGACUCAUCCUGCUACUGAUCUACAAAUGGAGGAGAGACAGGACAUCAUCAAGGCCAGUCACCAAUCCAGACACAACAACCCAAGACUCCACUUACCAAACCCUACACACAACAACCCAAGACUCCACCUACCAAACCCUCAAUAAAACAACCCAAGACUCCACCUACCAAACCCUCAAUACAACAACCCAAGAAUCCACCGAACAAACCCUCAACACAACAACCCAAGACUCCACUUACCAAACCCUCAACACAACAACCCAAGACUCCACUUACCAAACCCUCAACACAACAACCCAAGACUCCACCUACUAAACCCUCAACAUAGCAACCCAAGACUCCACCUACCAAACCCUCAACAUAGCAACCCAAGACUCCACCUACCAAACCCUCAACAUAGCAACCCAAGACUCCACCUACCAAACCCUCAACAUAGCAACCCAAGACUCCACCUACCAAACCCUCAACACAACAACCCAAGACUCCACCUACCAAACCCUCAACACAGCAACCCAAGACUCCACUUACCAAACCCUCAACACAACAACCCAAGACUCCACAUACCAAACCCUCAAUACAACAACCCAAGACUCCACCUACCAAACCCUCAACAUAGCAACCCAAGACUCCACCUACCAAACCCUCAACACAACAACCCAAGACUCCACCUACCAAACCCUCAACAUAGCAACCCAAGACUCCACCUACCAAACCCUCAAUACAACAACCCAAGAAUCCACCGAACAAACCCUCAACACAACAACCCAAGACUCCACUUACCAAACCCUCAACACAACAACCCAAGACUCCACAUACCAAACCCUCAACAUAGCAACCCAAGACUCCACCUACCAAACCCUCAACCCAGCAACCCAAGACUCCACCUACCAAACCCUCAACAUAGCAACCCAAGACUCCACCCACCAAACCCUCAAUACAACAACCCAAGACUCCACCUACCAAACCCUCAACACAACAACCCAAGACUCCACCUACCAAACCCUCAACACAACAACCCAAGACUCCACCUACCAAACCCUCAACACAACAGACCCAAACUGAAAUGAUGACACCAUUACAUUGACACAGAGACAAGAGCGUGUUAGUAAAAUGUUAUUCUUUGUAACCAUUUCUACUUUUGGAAAUCCAUUCUGCACCAUAUUUAACACAUGGAUCAAUGUAAUAAAAUAUAUUGAUGUGUAAUUUGUCACGCCCUGUCCGUAGAGAGCCUUUUAAUGUCUCUAUUUGGUUUGAUCAAGGUGUGAUUUGGGAAGGGCAUUCUAGGUUUCAUUUUCUAUGAUGUUGGGUUUCUAUAUUUUGGCCAGGUAUGGUUCUCAACCAGGGACAGCUGUCUAUCGUUGUCUCUGAUUGGGAACCAUACUUAGGUAGCCCUGUUCCAUCCUUUCUGUGUGGGAAGUUGUCUUUGUUUGUUGGCACUAUAGCCUUAAGCUUCACGGUUGUUUAUGUAUUGUUUAUUGUUUUUGUCCGCGUCAUCCUAAAUAAAAAGGAAUAUGUACGCUCA